AUGGAUUUGUCUGCCUCUGAAGAUCCUCUUCGAUCUCUGAAUGAUUUACUGGGUCAGUGCAUAGCGGAUUUUGAUGAGAUUUAUUCCUUCCACAAUCCCUGGCAGAAAUCGUCAGAAAACUCACUGAGUGGCAAUUGCAACCAGGUUUACCUUAAUGCAACUAACCACCUCAACGCCAUUGUAACACUAAGUUCUCGGGUCUUUUCUCGAUUUCAAAAUACUGAUGGGAACUUGAGACAAUCGGCACUCACAGCAGUUUACCGUGUAUUUUCCUUGGCUUUGUGGUGCAAUCAGCGUGCAAUUCGUUGUGCUGGACUGCGAUGUCUUCGUUACUACGUUCGCGCCAAGGAGGAUGUGGACAUUCUCUUGGAAAAUCGCCUGGAUCUCUGCAUCACAAGAUGCUUUGAUCUCUCCUAUGCUGAUGAGUUUUUGGCUCCAAUCUGCGUUCCUAAUGGCAAUGACUCGCCUUCCAAUCUUGAUGAAUGGGCUUCAAAAAACUCGCGAAUACGCCAGCUAGCUGGGCCCUAUCAACGUUUUCUGGAUGAUUUUAAGCGCGGAGGACGAGGUCUUGGCUUUCAAAGGCCUUUCUAUAAAUCUUCCACACCGACGUCCGCCAACGAUGUCACUGAACGAAUAGCAGUUCUUCGACUGGCUGGCCACCUCUUGCGUUUUUCUGAAGGCGCCUUUACUGCCCACCUGGUUCAUUGCUUAGCUGCAGCAGUUUCUGCCACAUGCACUUCAUCAGCUCUUCCUAUCGGCAUUCAACCGCCUCAUCCCGCCUCUUCUAAGGCUGGUGAUGUUGUAGGUCCACCUCCUCCUCAAGCUCUUUUCUCGCCUCUCUCUGCUCAAUUUAACUCCGGACGGGAACGAGACACCUGCUUGAGGGCUCAUCUCCUUCUGCUUACCGAAUUUGUGAUUCGUAACAGUGGAACACAUCCUUCAAGUGACUCACUAGCAAUGAGUGUAUCCCGCUGUUCACCCCUUGAGGUAGCAGUAAAGACGCUAAUAGACGCUCUGCCUUGCAGCGGUGAGUCUGGGGAGAUUUACAAGCAUCCUGCGAUUUUACUUGAAACUAUUCUUUUGGCUCUCCUACGACUCUCGUCGGAAAGCUCUCAUGGAAGAUGUGUGGUUGAUUCCUGGAUUUUUCAGAAAUGUGUCGUUCCCUUUCUUGUCACCUACCCUAUGGUCACCGUUCCGAGAUCCCCUUAUGAUUCAAAUCCUUCUUUUAUCGCAGCAACAAGAGAUUCUUUUGUCUACAUUCUACGUUCUUGGCCAGGCAAGCUUCUUGUCUACUUUUAUUUGCAUUUCACUAUACGUUCUGCUCACACGAGAGUCACUGCUCAAGUCCUUAGUAUGCUCUACAACCUUUUUCCCGGUGUUGCUGCUCCUGCUCCAUUUAUUCCUGCCACCGACACAGCUCAUGCGGUGAUUGGAGAUUUUUCAUCUGCCCUUUACACGGGUCUUCCCUAUCCACCAGUCGCUUAUCGAGGUCGAGGCCGACAAGAGAACCAGCCACAAUCUCAGAGGAGUGUAGUUGAAUGUCUUCCGCCUUUUCCAUACUUGGAUGGUGAUUUUGUGGUCGAGGAGGGAUUGAGACUCUACCCUUUUUUCCAGUCAGCUGGAACAGAUGUUCUGGAGGCGCACUCAGCCCUGGUCUUGUCCUGUUUGGCUCAGGCUGGCUUAUUUGAGGCCUUAAUUGCUGCAAUGGACGAUCCUUCGCUCUACGUGGCAGCUGCUGCUGGACAGUUGCUAGGAGUUCUAGCAUUUCGGGCGAAUACCCAACUGCAUCCAAGCUCCAUUUCUGUGGGACGUUUGUCACGUAUUCCAUUGCUUCGAAAUCGUUUCCGCGCAGUUGAUUUCAUGGAUAGAUUUAAUCAAACCCUGACAGAGCGCAUUUACGUUGGUCCACGACCUAAACUUCGUGCUCCGUUAGUGUCGCCCUUCUUUGAAUGCCUCUCCCGCCAACCAGCAACUUCUUGUCCAGUUAUUUCAUCCCCCAUGGGUCGAGCAAGUACUGCUAGUACCGCAAAAUCUGAUUCUGGGGGUUUCGCGUCACUAAUUCGAAAAACAUCUAGUUCACUUAGGACAGCCCUUCCUACUCAAUAUUCGGACAAUCUUCUGGAAGGUGUCAUCAAUUCUAGUAGCAUAUGCUCAACUCCUCUUAACAUAAAUAAUACGACAAUUCAAUCUGGAACUUCAGUAACAUCGGUUGCUGCAAAAAGCAUUUCUCAAUUUUCUCAGCUCUCGUUUUCUUCAGGAGUGUUAAGCACUGGUGUUCAACUUUCUUCCUCAAUGACAUCACCUUAUGAAUGGGAUUGGGAGAGCCUUGCCUCAUGGGGUCGAAAGUUGUCUUCAUCUAAUACAGUGCUUUUUUCUUGGAAGGAUCAGAACAGCCAAAAUUUUCUGGCGCGCCUAAUGGAUUUCAUUACUCCUAAUAUUGAUGUAAUUACGCUUCCAAUGGACAUCGCUUAUCCUUCAGGAUCAUCUCCUCUCUACCCACUCCUUGUCAAGUCAUCUGGCAAUUCUCAGGAAGAUUCCUUUCCCCUAUCUCCAGCCUAUGUACGCCUUUUAAAUCGUCGAACUCUUUCUAAUACAGUCCCUUCUUCCAACAGUAUUCUUCAAAGCCUCUCUUGGACUAGUCGAAAUUGGUCUCAGGCUUGGGCAGCUGCUAUUUUAGUAUCUGGUCUUCUUCCGCACCUUUCACUUUAUCCUCAAAAUAGUUUUCCCGGUUCUCUACUACGGCGUUUUCUUGUUGCUGUUCGAGCUUGCCUUGUUGCUGCUACUACACCAAGUUCUUCUCCCGUUCUUUCCUGUACUCAUCUCCUCUUCCAAUCCAAUCAUCUUCGAGAACACUGUUCAAGCUUUCUUCUACUUGGACUGGGAAGACUUCUUUCUUGUGAGACGGGAUCUACACUCCUUCAUUCCAUGGAUAUUCCCGAUCUACUGAUCACGCUUUCUGUUGGCGAGCCUAUUCGCGAUCCAUUGGCAUUGAAACAAUCAGAUUCUCUUUCGGCUGUGAGAAAACAGCGCCUGCUAUGUGCCAAGUUCCUCCUUUCGUCGAUAAAUUACACAGGGAGUGGUUUCGGUCGAAGUCUUCUGGCAACGGUUUGUUCCACUGGUCAUGUCGCUCUACGCCACUGGGCCACGAAGUUUAUUCGCUUGCUCAUAAGGAUGAAUAUUCCCUUCGGAGAGAUCUGGCUGGUUCCUCUACUACUCAAUUUGACUGCAGAUCAGAACGCCAGAGUUAUGCAUGAAGCGAUCUCUGUUCUUGAGGAGGCAUGCCUAAAUCCCUCCUACCUCCAAUCCCUGUUGGAUUGCAUGCAAACAGAAAGCAGACAGGGUACUGGCAAGCGGUGUUGUUCAGCAUUUCCUAGUCCUAUUCUCCGCUUUUUAUCAAUCGGUACCCUUUCAAGCCAGCGAAUUGUAGCCUUCCUCUUGGCCAAAUCUAGUUGGGUGUUCAAGGUUGCCUCCACGCCGAGGCUCUUCAAUUCUCGACUGUCAGGGAAUAGUGCCAAUCCUCGUGGAACUAUUGAGGGAACGUUGCUCGAGGUCAUUCUUCGUUCUUGGAUGGAGUUCUACAAUGAAAGAUUCGCAAAUAGCAUUGAAAGCAGUCUCCAAAACGCAUUUCGUCUUCCUAUCCCUUUACAGAGCAGAAGUUCACCUUCUUCAGACCAUUCCCCCAAAUUCCUUCAGCGCUGUCCAGCAUGCAAUCAACCGGUGAAUUUCAACGAAUAUGACAAAUCGGCGCUAUCUGAAAGUGACAACACCUCAUGUGAUACUGAAGAUGAUUUUUUAUUGAACCGACAGAGCAAUCGUCUCUUCUUUAGUCACCUUGGCGAUGGAGAAGAAGGUGGUUUACGCCUAGAUGAGAUUGUAGAGCUCUCUCCAGUCGCAGUUGAACUUUUUUAUAAAAAUCGAGCUGCACUUUAUGUCCCCUUUCACCUCUUCUACUGUUUGUCUAUGCAAGAAGCUGGUUUGCAUAUUCUCCAGGAUAAUGGAUAUUUAAAGACUCUAGCCGAUGUGCUUUCACGAAGUCGGAAUUUGGCUAUGAAUAAGUCGAGUGAAGGUCAACUCGGUGUGGCACAGGUCAAAUCAGCCAUUUGGGCCCUGGCUAGUGUACUAGUAACUCCCAAUGGAAUGCGGUGGAAUCAAGCGCCCACCGUACUCAGGGAUAUAUUUUGGAAUAUCGCUAAUGCAGAUUCGUUGUCUCUUCGAGGGACAGCCUGGCUGAGUGUAUGCUACAUCUCUUCUUCUUCUUCCGGUGCAAGCCUACUCCGACCCUGGAUAGUUGGAGAUGUUGAGACCACUUCAGACUCUUGCUCCUUCUCAUCGAUCGAUACCAAUUGGCUUUUGAGUACAACAGACCGCCUGAAUCACAUAUGGCCCCUUCGAGAGAGAGCUGUUCUUCAACUCAAGGUUCCCCUCCCAUUACAACAGGACGAGAUUGACGGUCCAACAUCUUCAAAUCCUUGUAGAGCUCAAGAACGGUCACCUAUGAGUAUUAUCGUGAAUGAAGCCAAUCCUCAUCGCCACAGCCAUAACAUGUUUUCAUUGGGUGAUUGUGUUGAUCCCAACUCUCUAUCUCCCGGAGCCCUCUCAGGCAUAAUUCCCACUACCGUUGCCUCACCAUCGGCUCAUUCUCCAUCCUCAUCGUCCAUCGCAGAUUCGCACUCCUCUCGUCCAAUGGACCAACUUCUCAAACCAGUACGCUGGAUUGUCCGUCGAGCUGGCGUCACAUUUCGUGGUGGUGGGCGUGGAGGCAAAAGUGGUCGUAAUGUCGUUGAAAUGGAUCCAAAUGCUUCAUUGGGGAUUGAGGAUACGGUGGAUGGCUUAGAGACCUCAAUGAUUGGAAUAGAACGCGAGAGAACUGUGUCUAUCAUCUCGGCACUUCCUGGUCGAGUAUCUAUACAACCUACGAACUACUCUCCUUUGGCUCAGUCCCUCUCAAGUCCCGGAUGCUUCUCUAAUUUAAAUUCUGCUGUUGAUUCAAAAUCGCCGAGUGCUUCUCCUGAAGGAACACCUACUGGAGCUAACGCCGGCGUGCAGCCUUUCGGAUUAACAGAUAUUUUCACAUUUCGGGGUCUCUUUCUACCAACUGAUGUGAGCAAUCUUGGACGGCAUUUCUUCCCACCUGAGACCCCUCAGAUCCCGAAACCGCCCACCUCUGUUGUUAAUGGGGACUCUUCGAAUCGCAUGAAUGGGGAAAUGGCAAAUGGUGAAGCAGACGAGAAAUUGACCAUUGAAACAUCCAGUUAUAUCACGCAGAGGUUGUGCAUUUCUGCCGCCUGUCGGAGUGGUGAACUCGUCUGUCCUCAGGUGUCUGAAGAUCUAAGAAUCGAAAAAUGGCGACAUGAUGUAGUGGAAGAGGUGGAGAGUUUGAUGAAUGGACUCUUUUCUGGUCGUGUUCUCGGAAACCUGCUCUCUCUUACACGUCGAGCAGGGGCUUUUGCCAUCGUUUCAAACGAAAAGAAUGACGAAGGGGACAACCAGGAAAGAUACUGCAGCUUUUCAUCCGCUUGUCUUCACACGGAAGUUGCACGGACACUUUUCAGCUACCACUACUCUCGGCCUGCCCGAACGUUGGUUCAACUUUUUCUUGGCCAAUUUCCUCCGGCUGAUGAGUUAUUAGAUACUCGAAUUUUGAAUGCGAUUGCAGUUGUUGAAGUCGGUUGGCAUAUAUUGUCCCUAAUGUCCAUCUCUACUAAUUGA